AUAUUAUUCGUAUGCGCGAUGUUUGUGCGCGGACGUAAUGAUAACAUCGAAGUGAUCGUUUAAUUGCUCAUUAAACUAUGUGCUGCUUACAAUAGCGAUUGUGUUAUAAAUAUUCAUUUGUAUCGAUAUUUAAUCAAACGUGAUCGAGACACACAUCUAAUCAAAAUAUAGUGUGUGUAUACAUAUCCUUAAGAGCUUUUUAAUCAUUAUCGCGAGCUAGUAUACCGAAGAGGUUAAUUUAUAGUCUGCCUAACAGAACGAGGCAGUAAUCGUAAACAAAAGUUAAUUGGUACGGCUACAACUAUUGGGUGCCGACUAAUGAAACUCGAGUUUUAAAAUUAUCUUUACGGUUACUGCCUCGUCUCGUUGGACCGACUAUACAUUUCAUUCCUAUCUAUGUAUUAAUACUGCAAUUUAUGCUGCCUCCAAAAUCAUAACUCAGAUAUACUGUUGCUUAUAUCAGUGCUAGUAUCAGUAAAAUAGAAGAAUGGCAUUGCAACGUACAUUUGUUGCAUUACAAAUUGUCAACGAUUUAAGGAAAAUAAAUGGAAAAAUGAAAUUACAUUUUCGAUCAAGAACAACAACACCUUCAGGUGCUAUUCUACCAGAACCAAAAAGAACACCUUUCGGUUUUUUGGGUGUUAUCUGCAGUGUUAUGACAGGUCUAGUCAUAGGAGCUACUUUAAGUAAAAUGAUGGCUAACUUUCUAGAAGAGAAAGAAUUGUUCAUACCUUCGGAUGAUGACGACGACGAUGAUUAAUUUACUUUCGGUAUGCAAAUUAAUUAAGGCAAAGAUUUAAGUUAUUCUUAUCAAACUUCUACAUCUUAUGUUCUUCAUAUCGAGCCUCGGUCCAAACUUUUGCAUGUGUCCCUAAAACGUACUUUGCAUAAACAAGUUUCUUAUUGUUCCUCCAUAAUCAUGUUUCAUUCAGUGUUAUCGUUUAAUCUUUGCUUGUGAGGAAAAUAGACUUCUUCCAUGUCUAUACAUUGUUUUCUGUUUCAAGAUCUAUGACAAUGAGAUAUGGAAAGAUAUAAGAUGAUGUAACAUGUCUGACAGCAGCACAUGUUUUACAUAUAUAAAUAUCACAGUAAAUCAAAUAUACAUGGUGCUUUCAAUUUUCUUCUUAGAUUUUUACUUGCACGAUUCAAGUAAUGUAUUGUUUAUUAUGAAUUUUUGCUGGAAGGCAAACUUAUUUUAUACAUACCUACAUGUAUGUCUAAAUAUAUUCCUUUAAAAUGCAUAUAGGAAAUGUAUAUACCUAGGUGUACAGACAUACAGAUAUUUUGUAAAUAUUGUUUCAAUGGAUUGCAAAAUAAACACAAUGCAAAGAAACAA